AUGCCUACUGGUUCGGUUCUAGUCACCGGUGGAACGGGCUACAUCGGCUCGUUCACCACCCUCGCCCUCCUCGAGGCCGGCUACAAGGUUGUCGUCGCCGACAACCUGUAUAACUCGUCCGCCGAGGCCCUGAACCGCAUCGAGCAGAUCAGCGGCAAAAAGGCCGAGUUCGCCCAGCUCGACGUCACCGACGAGAAGGCCUUCGACAAGGUCUUCGAGGCCCACCCGGACAUCGACAGUGUCAUCCACUUCGCUGCGCUCAAGGCUGUCGGCGAGUCCGGCGAGAAGCCCCUCGACUACUACCAGGUCAACGUCUACGGCACCAUCAACCUCCUCCGCGCCAUGGUCAAGCACAAUGUUUACAACAUCGUCUUCUCCAGCUCCGCCACCGUCUACGGUGAUGCCACCCGCUUCCCCAACAUGAUCCCCAUCCCUGAAGAGUGCCCGCUUGGUCCGACAAACCCCUACGGCAACACCAAGUUCGCCGUCGAGACCGCCAUCACCGACGUGAUCAACGCCCAGCGCAACAAUGCCACCAAGGCUGGCAACACCGCCGAGGCUAAGAAGUGGAACGGUGCUCUCCUGCGCUACUUCAACCCCGCCGGCGCUCACCCCUCCGGCAUCAUGGGCGAGGACCCCCAGGGCGUCCCGUACAACCUGCUCCCGCUGCUGGCGCAGGUCGCCACGGGCAAACGCGAGAAGCUGAUGGUGUUUGGCGAUGACUACGCCUCUCACGACGGCACAGCUAUCCGUGACUACAUCCACAUCCUCGACCUGUCGAAUGGCCACCUGAAAGCCCUGAACUACCUGCGCGCCAACAACCCCGGCGUGCGCGCCUGGAACCUAGGCACGGGCAAGGGUAGCACCGUCUACGAGAUGAUCCGCGCCUUCUCAGCCGCUGUCGGCCGCGACCUACCCUACGAGGUGGCCCCCCGCCGCGCUGGUGACGUCCUCAACCUCACUGCCAACCCGACCCGCGCAAACACCGAGCUCGGCUGGAAGGCUGAGCGUACCCUCGAGCAAGCUUGUGAGGAUCUCUGGCGCUGGACGGAGAAUAACCCCCAGGGUUAUCGCCAGCAGCCGCCCGCUGAGCUGUUGGCGCAGCUGAAGAAGUAG